UUCUCAUCCCUCACAAAGAAUCUUAGAAGAAUUUAAGGUAGCAGCAGCCUUAUAACAAUGAAAAGUGCUUAUUUCCUUGUAGCUUUUGCCCUAUUGGCUAUUGCCUCCUCCUUUGCCUCUGCAUAUGAUCCUAGCCCUCUCCAGGACUUCUGUGUAGCCAUCAAUGACACCAAGACUGGUGUGUUUGUGAAUGGGAAGUUUUGCAAGGACCCAAAGCUUGUUGUAGCAAGCGACUUCUUCCUUUCAGGGUUUGACAAGCCAGGAAACACAUCCAAUGCGGUUGGCUCAGCUGUCACUCAGGCAUUUGUUGAACAACUUUUAGGGCUUAACACUCUUGGUGUAUCCCUAGUUCGUAUUGACUUUGCACCUAAUGGUCUUAAUCCUCCUCACACUCAUCCUCGUGGAACUGAGAUUCUAGUAGUCCAAGAAGGCACACUAUUUGUUGGCUUUGUCUCAUCUAAUCAAGAUGGCAACCGUCUCUUCACCAAAGUGCUGAACAAGGGAGAUGUAUUUGUUUUUCCUAGUGGUUUGAUUCACUUCCAGCUCAAUAUAGAGGAAACUCCUGCUGUUGCCUUUUCUGGUUUGAGUAGCCAGAAUCCAGGCACAAUCACAAUUGCAAAUUCUGUUUUCGGAUCAAAUUCACCAAUAAAUCCUGAUGUUCUUACUAAGGCCUUCAUGCUGGACAAGAAUGUCAUCAAGUAUCUCCAGUCUCACUUCUAACGGAGAAAAAAAAAAAAGUUAGAGAAGAAUUGAACUAGUCACGUUUUAAUACUUGCUUGUCUGGACUGUAUUUGAGUGCUAUCCCUCUAUUUGAUUAUUGAUUCCAUAUAAUACCUCAUCUACUACAUAUUAAGAGGUUGUAAUAAGAGGUUGCUUAUGGCUCAAUAUAUAUAAUAAAGAAGUUUGCCUAUUGCUUAUUAGAAAUGGGGUUAUUGCUAACCAUUAAACAGGUAUAAGCAGCCUUGUUAACUUGAAUCAAGUUUAAGUGAACAAUUUGUGCAUAAAAUUAAUGUUACUCUGUUUUUAACAUUUUCACAUGCACACAGAAAAAAGUCUGAGGCUUCCAAUUUCAAAUCCUGAGAACAAAUGCUCUCAAUAACAAGGUUCCAAGUACUGCUAAUGUGAAGCCUUAAUGUACCUAAUGCAAGAUCAUGCCAAGUGUCUUCAUUGACUUGUUGAUUCUCUUGAUCUGAAAAUUAAGAAAAUUCCAAAUAAAAU